AUGCUCGUCACUCCGCUCUUCCUUCUCCUCGCCGCCGCCCCCGCCUUCUCGGCCCCCAUCACCCCCAACAGCGGCACCCUCACGACCGACGAGCACGGCGAGCUCGACGCCCGCGGCUUCGGCGACCUAGCAGAGCAGAUCCAGGCCCAGAGCGGUCCGGGCGGGGCCAGCGCCCUCGAAGUCAAGGGGCGGGGCCUCGGGGCCAUCAUCGAGUCGGUCCUCGAACAUAAGACUGGCGGCAUCGUCAUGGCGACUGGGGUCGGGCAGCUUGCCCCGUGGCCCUCAUCCUGA